UCUCACUGUAAUUGGAUCCCUUUCCCGCCAAAAGCUCCAUAAAUGUAAAAAAAUUGAUAAUUAAUAAUAUUUUUCCCCUGUUCUUCUCUAUAAAUUACCACCUUUUCUUUAACCUCAAUUCGCUUCUUAAUUUUUCUUACCUCUUACUCUCUCUCUUCCAUGACCAUACUCACAAUUUCCAUCUCUCAUCAUGUUUAUCUUCUUAGUCUUCGUUUCCAGCUACUGAAAUCUCUGAAUGAUUUCUAAAACUUCUCUACAAGCCACCAUGAUCCAUCCUCCUCAAAAGCUCGUUAGAAUCAUCCUCACAGACACCGACGCCACUGAUUCUUCCAGUGAUGAAGAAUCCAAUCACUAUCAAAACAACUCUACACGAAGAGUUAAAAGACUUGUCAAAGAAAUCAACCUUCGACUAUCUCCUUCACAACCCCCUUCUACCUCUAUAGAUCAACCCUUCAGAAAGAAGAAAUUACCCGCAGAGCACAAGUCAACGGUAGCUGACGUCACUCGCUACAAAAAGUACAGGGGAGUCCGCCAGCGACCUUGGGGUCGUUGGGCUGCGGAGAUCCGAGACCCGACCAGAAGAAAGCGGGUCUGGCUUGGUACUUUCGAUACGCCUGAAGAAGCUGCUACUGUUUAUGAUAAAGCAGCGCUGAAGCUUAAAGGUGCUGACGCUGUUACAAACUUUCCAAACCCCGUUUUAACGGAAUCCGUCGUUGGCGGUCAAAAGGAUAAAGUUGACGUCGAAGAUCAGUCACUUGACGGCAGUUCCGCUCCUUCACCAACUUCUGUUUUAUGUUACAAUAAGUUAACACCGUUCGAUAACGUGUUGGGCUGCGGUGACUUUGAUGUUUUCGGUUUCGAGAUUGACGCGCCGUUCAGUCUGCCUGAUUUUACGUUGUCGGAGAUAUGCUUUGGCGAGGAUGAGUUUAGCGACUUUAACGUUGACGAAUUUUUAGUGGAAGACGGCUGCAAAAACGUGUCUUAAUACUGUGUUUGCCACUUGUGGGGUUGCUUUGUAACAGAAGAAAAAUAUUGCGGAGUUAUGGUGAUUGUAGGAAGAAUUCGUUUUGUCUGUUCGGUGACUAAGCAGCCGAUAAUUCGUGACGUGGCAUCAUGUGAUUUUGCCGCUUGGGGAACAAAGGCAGAAAGUAGAAAUCCAAAAGCCCCUUGAUUGGUAACUUUUGUCUGAUAAUCAUUAAAUUACGAAGUGUGAUUAGAGUGAGGUAGCAGAUUUUGGCAAUUUGAAAGGUAACUUUGAGGUCGUACUUAGGAUUUGUAAUUUAUUAAUUAUUAGUUAAGGUUAUAAUUAUAAAUGUAAUUAAUUCAAGAGUAAAAUUGAA